CUGGUAAAUUAGUGGAAAUGGAUUAUCCUGCGUGGAUUGUUAGUUAUCAAGUACUUUGAUUUACUGUGGAAAAAACUUCAAAUUGAUUCGUUGAUUUACUGAAGAGUCACAAGUAAAGGAGUCUGAGUUCAUCCAAGAUGAAGAGUACAAUCGCUGUGUUAUUUGGCUGCGGACUCAUUCAGGUCGUCAUCAGCCAAUGUCGUACAGUUCCAAAGGCGGAGAAAGAAAAUCCGAUGGAAAAUACAGAUUGGGUCCCCGAUGAAUUUCUAAGUUUAAUAAAGGGCUGCUUUUACAACGAACAGAGGAUCGGGGCCGGGGGAUCAUUUGCAUUUGCUGAUAUCUGCGAGACAUGUUUCUGUUCUGAGCAAAGCGAACUAACCUGCUGUGUUGACGGUUUUGAGAUCGAUCCUAAAUCUUUGUCCUCGGAUUGUGUCGCUAUCAAGGACGGAUGUGGUCAGAAGGCGGUGCUGAGGAGUGACCUGAAGACGACAUGUCCCAGUGACGUAUUCGUGGUGGGCCGGAGGUAAAUGAGAUGAAUGGCUAUUGUCAGGAUGAAAUACAAAUAAAUCUACGUCCAACGUUC